CGGCCGGUUCCCAACAUACUCCUCAAGUCUUGCUGCUCUCUGGCAUUGGGGAUAAGAAGCUGUUGGACUCCUUGGGCAUCAAGGUUGUAUCUGAUCUCCCUGGUGUGGGACAAAACUUUCAAGAUCAUCCUGGGGCCACUCCUAAUGCGACGUUUUUGAACGACCUGAAUCCCAACCCGGGAAAUGUGACCAACUCGACUUGGCUCGCCGAACAGCGAGUUCUUUACGAUAACGAAAAGAAAGGCGUCUGGACUACUAGUGCAGCCAACUCGGCUGCAUUCCUACCCUUCCACCUCUUCACCAACCGGGUGACUGAGCAACACAAGCUCCUCAUCAAAGGGGCUCACGCCGCCAACAUUGCCUUUGCAGAGUACGCGAAUGGAGGAAGUGCAGCCACACCUCUC